AUGGCCAUGGAAGAAGAGAUGGCGGAACCAUAUUCGGGCUGGAGACUGUUCUUCGAUGGAAAAGUCAAUUACCAAGGAUCAGGCAUCGGAGCAGUGUUGAUAUCGAAAACAGGUCAACACUAUCCGAUGGCCGUAAAGAUCGACUUUAGAUGGACCAACAAUAUGGCGGAAUACGAAGCAUGUAUCCUAGGCCUCAGGAUGGCACUGGACAAGAACAUACAAGAAUUAUUGGUAAUCAGGGACUCCGAUUUUCUCAUCAAUCAAAUGAAAGGAAAUUGGGCAACCAAAAAUGUUAAAAUACUCCCAUAUGUGAAUAUGUCACAAAGAUUGUGUGGAAGAUUCAAGAGUAUUGACUUCAGGCAUACUCCAAGGGCCCAGAAUGAGUUCGCAGACACAUUGGCCACGAUAGCGUCUAUGAUCCAACAUCCUGAGAGCGCCCGCAUUAAUCUGUUAGAGAUCACACUGAGGGAAGAGCAGGCUCACUGUGCCUAUGUAGAGGCUAAGCUAGAUGGCCAACCAUGGUACGUCGACAUCAAGGCCUACCUGGAAAAAGGGGAAUAUCCUCUAGAGAGUUCGGCAAAUCAAAAGAAAAUCAUCAGGAGAUUGGCCAAUGGUUUCUUCUUGAACAAGGAAGUACUGUACAAAAGGACCCCUGAACUCCGGUUGCUCAGAUGCGUGGAUGCCGAAGAGGCCACAAAAUUACUUAAAGAAGUGCACGCGAGGACAUGCGGACCCCACAUGAAUGGAUUUGUCCUCACUAAGAAAAUCCUGAGGACAAGAUAUUACUGGAUGACCAUGGAACAUGACUCCUGUAAAUUCAUGCAAAAGUGCCAUCAGUGUCAGAUACAUGGGGAUCUGAUCAAGGUUCCACCCACAGAAUUACAUGCAAUGAGUUCUCCUUGGCCUUUCGUGGCGUGGGGAAUGGAUGUUAUAGCACCCGUUGAGCCUCCGGUCUCCAACGGGGAUCACUUCAUCUUAGUCGUCAUAGACUACUUCACCAAAUAG